UCCCUCCCUCCCGAUAAAACCCCUCGGCCGCCUCCAGCCCUGGACAGGCUCCGGGCGCCUUCCUUCCUCCCUUCCUCCUGCUCCCCCAGCGCAUCUUCCUCCUCCGACCAAGAAGAAUCUUCACCCUGAACGAUGCUGUCUCUGGAUCAGAUCCACACCGAGCCACCCCCAACACCCAAGGAGCUAGACUGGGCAGAGCAGGGGUUCCUACCACCUUUGAGCCCUCUGCGCUGUGCCUGGCGCCGUGAUGUGCCCCUGGAUUGCAAGAUCAGCCCAGAGGAUGCCCAGGCACGGGCCUGGACAGCCUACUACUAUGACCUCUUACAAUGCACCUUGCAGCAGGAGGGACUCCCAGAGACUGUUGACCUCACCAAGGAACCCCGGACAGGGUUUGGUCCAUCAGACAUCACCAUCUGUGUCUUGGGUUCCCCCACUUCAUAUCUGUCAGUACUUCUAGAAGGUGGCAACCAAUGCCCUGGUAACAUGCUGCUGUGCCUGUCACCAGCAUGGCUAUCCAAGGUACCUUCCGAAACCCACCCAGGAGAGUCAUCCUUGCUAGUCUUCAAGGCUGUGACCUUUGAUCUUGGUGGCCGUACGAUGCUUGAAGAAUUUGCACCCCCACGCCGUGUCACCUACUUCACUGGCUAUUUUGGGCCAUGCAAGGUGCAGGGCCAGUCAGCAGCAGAACUGGCCCGAGACCUUGACUGCCCCACAGGGGGCUCAGGAGAGCUGGCUCGCCUGCUGGAGGACAAGCUACUGACACGACAGCUCAUGGACCAGCAGGCACAGGUGGCAGUGCCCCCCACACUGGCCUUCACCUUCAAGCGCCCACUACCCCUGCGAAGCGUGACAGAGGAGCAGCAUGUCCGCAUGGUAGAGCUGAGUGGGCGUGAGGGGCAAGACAACCUGCUACAGGAGGAAAUCACAGCCUUCUUGCAAGGCAGUGCCAUGGAACACUACACCCAGGUGGUAGUGAAACCAUCUGGUUGGCGCUGGAAUGGAGCGCAAGCUGUGUCAUUCCAUGCUAAGUCAGAACAUGGCUGUGUCUUGCAAGCUGUCCUUACACUGCUAGAGACCCUGGAGGAGGAAGAGAGCAUCUUGCUGGAGGCCUUCAUUCCCACUGCUCAUAUGGUCCAGCCUGGCCCUCCCGAGACAAACAGCUCUCCAUGGAGCACUUCUCCACAGAACAAUCUGGCAGUCCGAAUAUGUGCUGUUGUCUGCAGAUCCCGAAAGGAUCAGCCUCUACUGAGCAAGGUUGUGUGUGGUGUUGGCCGGGCAGAUAAACCCCUGAAGCACCAGGCCACAGUUCCCCAGACACUGGAGAGCAGCCUGCGGCAGUGGGGGUUAAAAUAUGAAGCCCAGAUUACAGCUGUCUAUGCGCAGAUCAAGCAGAAGGCUGAGGCAGCCAUGAAAGCCUUCAUGGAUAUGGAGGCUGACCUGUCAGCUGAGCAAAGAGGUGGUCGCCGAGCGCAAACUGACAUAAUUGGUGUGGAUUUUCUCCUGAGUGCAGAGGAGCAGGUGCUGCAGCUGGUGGCCCUAGAGAUGAACUCCCAGCUGUGCCUGGAGACCUGCUCCGUCUUCGAGUCCAUGGGCCGGGCAGUGGGCUCCCCACUGGGCGAAGUGGCAUGCCCCCUUGUGGAGACGAUGCUGCGUCGUGCACAAUGCCAUCUGAUGGAGGGCAAACACGUGUUGGUGAUUGGGGCCGGCGGAGUCAGCAAAAAGUUCGUCUGGGAGGCUGCCAGGGACUACGGGCUAAAAAUCCACCUGGUGGACUCCGACCCCAACCACUUUGCCUCCCAGCUGGUGCAGACCUUCAUCCACUAUGACACCACAGACCACAAAAGGGACGAGGAGCACGCCCAGCAUCUGCUGGGGCUUGUGCAGGAACGGGGCUUGCGCCUGGAUGGCUGCCUCUCCUACUGGGAUGACUGCAUGGUCCUGACAGCACUGGUGUGUGAAGGGCUGGGCUUGCGCUGCAGUUCCCCCACUGCUAUGCGUGUGGCCAAGCAGAAGAGCCGCACUCACCUGCACUUGCUGCGGCGGCGCAAGGAGGGGGCCCGUUGGCCCUCAGCAGCUCUCUACGCUGUGCCCUGCUGCCACCUGGAGAGCCAUGCUGACGUGGAGCGAGCUGCCAGCCACAUCAAUUUUCCUGGGGUCAUGAAGUUAGAGUACGGGGCAGGAGCGGUGGGGGUAAAGCUGGUGGAGGAUGCACAGCAGUGCCAUCUGCAUUUCGACAAGAUUUCCAGAGAUCUGCAGGAUGACUCUGACCAUCCAGGCAUUGGGCUGGGCUGGGGCAAUGCCAUGCUGUUGAUGGAAUAUGUGUCUGGAACUGAGCACGAUGUGGAUCUGGUGAUAUAUGAAGGGAGGAUGCUGGGGGCAUUUGUUUCUGACAACGGGCCCACCCGGGUGCCCAACUUCACUGAGACGGCAGCCUGUAUGCCCACCUGUCUGCCCCCUGACCGUGAGGCUCAACUCAUCCGUGCUGCCUACCAGUGCUGCUUAGGCUGUGGCCUCACCGAUGGUGUCUUCAAUGUGGAGCUCAAGUUGACAGCAGCUGGCCCCAAGCUCAUUGAGAUCAACCCCCGCAUGGGUGGCUUCUACCUCCGCGACUGGAUUCAAGAGAUCUAUGGAGCAGAUAUCAUGCUGGCCUCUGUCAUGGUUGCCUGUGGAGUGGUCCCACUGUUGCCUGCUCGCUCUCGUCCCCGCACCCACCUGGUGGGAGUGAUGUGCUUGGUGUCGCAGCACCUACAGGCCCUCAAGUCCACAGCCAAUCUGGAGACGUUGCAGGCCCUGCAUGAGCGUGGCAUCAUCCGCCUCAACCUGCUUGAUGAUGAGCUCGUGUCCAGCGAGUACGAAGAGCCCUACUGCAAUGUGGCCUGUGCCAGUUCUAGUCGCCAGGAGGCCUGCCUCAAGCUCCUAGGCAUCUGCCAGGUGCUAGGCAUCGACUCACUGCACUACCCUGUCGCCCAUUUCCUCUCUCAUUUCAAAUAGCCUUGGAGAAAUGGCUCCCGCAGUCUGAAGCUGUGCUUGUGCCUGCUCCAGAGAGGGAGCCUUGCUCAUCCCUCCAAUAUUAUCCUUCCCUUUCUCCCAACUCAGCACUGGGGGUUGCACUACACAAAUGCCCUAUUUUCCUACAUUCUUUCUCAAGUGGCUGCUGUCUCCCUCAGGAAGGAGUGUGGCACCAUCUGGUGCCAUCUCUGGUAAGUGCCACACCCACAUCACUCCCAUCCUUGAAUGGGCUCACAUCCUCCUUUUAUGGGGAGGGGGAAGCCCCUGAUAGCUGCAGAGUCCCAUCAUUCUUCAGCCUUCUCUGUGAAGCCAUCUCCUUUUCCCUUUAUUUUCAGUUCUAAUUAAUUUCUCCCCAUAUUGGUUCCUCGGUUGUUCCUCUCAAUUGUCAUUUACAGAGGCAAGUUCCAGUCUUUUCACCUUCUCUUUCUACCAUUGGGGAAAGAAUGUUGGUUUCUAGCAAGGCUGCCCCUGCAGAGAACUUACCUCACACUUCCAGGAUGAGUGGAAGAGAGGACUUGAAUCAGAUGUUUUUCAGACUCCAUCAACCCAUAUAUUUCUCCAGUGAUCCUACAGUGCUGAAACUGAACCCUGGUAUCCAAAAUAGAAGCAAGCCCCCAAAUCCCUUGGUCAAACUACUGUAGCAGAAGGAUCAUAUGCGAGUCCUAUAAUAAAUAAGUGGUACAUACAGAGUAGUAGAAUGUAAAGCACAUAAAAAGUUACCUUUGCUAACUCAGCAGUUCAAAUCCUGCAACUAACAUUCUUGAUCUGUGUCAUCUAUUCAAGAGGUAAUGAGCAUGUACCGAUCCGUGCUCAUCAGAUGACCAUAGGCUAAUACAGGGCAAUAGAACAACUCUUGACUAACCACUAGCAUACUUGCCUAGGGAGAAGAGAGGCAGUGACACAAAUUCUCCCGGCUUGUUAAGAGAAUUUGCUAUUAAUCUCUCUCUCACUCUACUCCUGCAGUGUCCCAGAGACCCACUAGUAGGAUGUCACUUUGUCACAAAUGUGACGAUUUCCAAGCACUUUGAUAAUAACCUGUUAACAUAGGAGACACUCCAAUAAGAGACAAAAGCACCAGCACUCCUGACUUAUCUUUUUUAAAAAGCCUUCCAGUGAAACCCCAAUGCCUCUGAAGACCCUACACUACAAAGAAAUCAUAGUGCCAGCAUUCCUGACCAUUUCUGCAAUAACAAGCCAUGACAUUGCCGCCACUGGACUGCAAUGAAGUAGCCAGGCUUUGUGCUUAGCCCUCCUAGCAUCCCCAAAUAAGUAAUGUUACUUAGUACCAGCAUCCUUAAAAAUGCCUAUAACUGGCAUAGAGAGAACAGUGUUCUGAUUGGUACAGUGCAAGAAUCUCUCUCUGUCUUUUCAAUAGCUCACAGGCUCCCUGUUACUUCCAUAACAAGAGGAAGAGAAAUGGCAGGCUAGAGGAACUGAAGGGUCUUGGAGGACAUUCCUGAGCCUUGUGAGGCUUGAAAUGACAGACGAUGAUCCCUUUGGGGGAGAGGGGAGGCAGGAACUGGGAGCUUCAGGGUACCCAUGAUUGAGUGACUAACAGCAGGACCAUUAGUUAAGUGUGCCCUCUAACAUGGGUUCAAGACCCUGCCUGCCUUCCUGCCUAUCCUUCCUCCAUUUCUGUAACCAGGCAGGCAUAAUAGUUCCUCCCCCAAUAAAAUGCCUUGUAAAAAUA